AUGAUAGUGCUGGUCUUGGUGGAAGCAAGAGAGAAUACCCUUGCUCUCCUACCAUCCAUCUUGGCUUUGUUGUCCAAGCCCAAGCCAAAAUCAAAGGUUACCAGGCGGUCCUCUGUUUCAAAGGCUUUGCGCAGGAGGAAAGUGGCCUCUGAAGGAGAGCAUGAGGAUCUAAAUGAAAUAAGCAAUGUGGAUUUCUUGUUCCGUGCUGCCUAUGAGGGCCUUUCCUGCAAAGAUGUUGAUGAUGAGAAGUUACUAAAGGCACAAAAACAAUUGGGGGACACUGGAAGCAUGCGCCGGAUAUUUGGAGAGUGGUAUAGACUUCAUCCUCUCUCACAGUCGAGAGGUUGUCUCGGGAACCUUUAUGGCUGCAUUGAGGAGCUCCUUCACUUGCCAAGCAACCAACAAGUUCUCUCGCAUUCCCCACAGAAUAAAUUGGUGGAAGCGAAGCUGGACAGAUACAUUGGCUUGCUGGACCUGUGCGGUGACAUGUGGGAUAGCUUUGCUAAAAUGAAAGAGCGCAUUCAGGUUCUUUGCUCAGCCCUUCUCAGAAGAGGUGAUGCAGCUAGUGAAAGUAAAUUGCAUGCUUGCAUUAUCUCUGUGAAGAAGACCCAAAAGGAUGUCAAGAAUUGCUCUAGAUCUUUGAAGCAAUUGAAUAACAAUUAUACAUCUAUUUCUGCAAUCGACAAGAAGUGUGAUCUAUCGAUGGUAUUGAUGGAAGCAUCUAGCAGAUUUGGAAUGGAUGAAUUGGAAUGUGCAGAUUUCUCAUUCUAUGCUUCUUACAAGUUCAUUUCCUGCAAAGAUUUUGAUGAUAGGAGGGUACUCAAGCCACUCAAUCAAUUGGAGGCAUUAGAGAGUAGCAUUGAAGUGCUUCAAAGUGGAUUAGAAUGCUUGUUCAGGCAACUAAUCCAAAGUAGAGUCUCUCUUCUUAACAUUCUCAGCUUGUAAACAUGUCAUCAAAUGUUAUAUACCAGUGAUCAGCUUCCACAUUUAAGGAGUGCAUUAACAGUCUUUUGGUUAAAGAAUGCUCAUACAGAAGUUGCAUGUAUCCUCCUUUUGAAGUCAAUUGGCUUACUGUUAUUGGAAGAAUGCUUCUCACAAACAUCAUUUACUUCAAUCUUUGUGUCCAAUGAGUGCAUUGCUUGCAAGGAUGUGGAUGGCAUGAAGGUACAGAUGGCACAAGAUCAGUCGGAGGCAUCACAUUCAACUUGAUGGUCUUGAGACUAGAUUAGAAUGCCUGUUCAGGAGACUAACCCAAAAUAGAGUUUCUCUUCUUAACAUCCUUGGCCUUUAGGGACUCCUUAACCUUGUGGCCAAUACAAUUUGCAUCAUCUGCAUCCAAAUUUCAAAGGGUUGCUGAUGAUUCUCUUCACAGUCCAACUUUGUAUUUGAGCAGGGAUCUAUUAUGUACAAAUUUUCAUUAAGGGAAAAAAUCGGAUAUUCAAUUCUAGGAGUGGUUCCUGUUUUCAUUCAUUUAAUAUCGAAGGAUUUUAAUCACUAGCAGAAUGGUCAAACUAUUCAUGCAUGUGUCACUCACUUUGAAUUGAAUUGACUUCUGAUUACUUGAAACAUAGCUUUAACCAGAAUCUAGUGACUGCUGUGCAUCACAUUGCACUCAAAUGUGCAUAACUGCCUAUUGGAUCCACUCCUUUUUCUCAAGUUCAUGUAAAUUAACUAGGAUAUUUUAUGUCUUAGUUUCAUGAUACAUAGGAGAAGCAUGUAUCCAUUUCUUAAGUUCAGUUUUGACUGUUGUUGGUGGAACUAAUCCAACACCUAUGUUUUUGAUACGGGAAUAAUUUUAGAUCAAAGGUACACUUUUUUUCCCUCAUAUCGUAUUCUUCGUCUUUUGUCAUUCUGCUCUGAUCAGGAUUCCAUUGGAUGGAGAUUCAGCAUACUGUGAUUUCUUUAGUGUGUACAUAACAUAUUUUAAUAAUUGUUGCUUUGUCAUAAGUACAGACAACAAAUUUCUUUAUCUGUAUUCUACAUCAAGUUUCUUUAGUUUCCUCUCAUAAUUUCCAUCUGUAUUGUGAUUGUUCUCUUAAACUUUCUCCUGUCACCAAUUUUACCCCAGUUCAGGCACUUCCAAUAAAAAAGUAGAAGAGAAAAUUUUGUAUUAUUGAAUUUUCAGGUAGUCGGGAGAUGAUAAAUAAGUAGUUUAUUGAUAUGACUCUUAACAGAUAUAUUGUGAAUUAACUUGAUUACAACUUGCAAAUUUUCAUGGUUUCAUUGUUAUAUUGACACAUUUUUCUUGAAAUAGGCCCAAAGAUUAGAUUCUUGUAACACAUGACAAAUUAGGAUUAUCAUUUACAAGAACAUCAAAAGAAUCAAAUGAGAAUGACUUGGAUUAGAACAAAAUAAGAAUCGGAUGAGGACAUAUGGUUUUUAGAUGCAUCAUUUGCCUUCCAACCUCUCUAUAAGCCGACUUUUAACAUCUGUGUGCUUCUGCUAUCUAUUCUUUAGCCAUGUGGUUGUUGGUUGGUUGGUAAUUCUCAUUAUUAGGCCAUGUCAGAAUUUGAUUAAGUUCACCAAGGACAGUCGGUGCUGGCCUGCCUGAUGGGUUGUUGGGGAGACAAGCAGCGCAAGAGAACUCGUGUGUGGUACUAACUCAUUUGAGCUAAAUUUUUAUGGUAGGCAUGAAACUUAUUUUGUAGAAAUCGGAAUAUGGAAAAGAAAUGAGCAGAGCCUGUCUGGUGAAGUCUAAACAUGAUCACAUUGCAAGCCAAACCCACAUUGGAAGCACAUGGGACAUUGUCCAAGACUAGGACAUGAGACCUUCACAUGUGAGAUAGAAAGUUAUAACUACUAUGGUGAUGCGUAGUAUAAAAUAUUUACUAUAUAGUUAAGUAACUAUUUUAUGUACAUUUUAUAGGUUGUAUCUGGAUUAUUUGUGACCUGAUUUAACAAAAGAUCCAAAAGAUCACUGGAAUGAAGAUGAAAUUAGGUUUGAUUUGAAUAUUUAAUUAAACUUGAAUAUAGAUUGGAUUUAGGAUGUGCCAAACUCUGUCUAACAGCCCUUGAUGACCCAAUCAGUGGUCAUCAAAUUAUUUUGUCAACUAAACCAAAGAAGAGUCUUUCUGUUUAACAUCCUCAGUUUCUAAAAAAGCCUUCAAAACUUGUACGCUAAUGAUUAGCAUCCACAUAUUAGGCUAUUUGCUAAUUAAUUUUGCCUUUAUAAUUUUAUCUGCAAAGUGAAAUGUUCCAUCUUAUUGGAAAUAACAUAUUCAAUGUUAUAAGAAAUUUCAAAUACACGUGUUUUGGUUUUAUCUAACCUUAUUUUCUUAGUUUCUGCGCGCAAAGAGAAAAGUCAAUCAAGAGAUGGUCAGCUUUUUUUAUGAAUUGGUUUCUAUUGGCUUGAAGAAAGAUUCCAACUUCAAAUUCUUAAUAUGUUGAAUCCAUAUAAUGCUUCAAGUCCUGGAAAUUUCUCAGACUUUCUGUUUAAAUGGACAGGAGUGCAUUAUCGGACUCUUAAUUAAGGAACACUCAUUUUUGAAAGAUCAAACAACAGAGGCAUGUAUUCAUCUUUUGUUUCAAUUGGAUUACAAUUAUUAGAAGUAUGCUUCACAAGCAAAAUCCUUCAUUUCGUUAGGCAUUUCAUGGAUGGUAUGUAUAUUAGUUUUAAGUUUGAACAAUUCAUUUUUGAUCCAUAUUUAUUAAUUCUA